CAUGACUCUGGACAAGGCGGUGCGCGUGCUCAAUCAGCGCAGCAAUCAGUUGCUCUAUCACGCAACUGCAGCAACUCGGCUUUGAUCCACCCCAAUGGACGCAUCUUGCAGAGCGGCGCUAAAGUCGAAAUAGUCACCUACGACGGCAUGAAGGGCAAUAACUUUGUUCGCUAUGCCAAGAUGUGGUACAAGGGUGUGAGCUUCACCAGCGAGGCGUGCGCUCUCAUCUACCUGGUGGACACAGCCGGGACGCGCACCACAACCGACACUUUCACCGAUCUGACCAAAGACUACACCCUGGCAGUGUUCUAUGACGACUCGCGGCAUGGUCCCUCUUAUAUGGCUGAAGCCCAUGACGUGAUUGCCAAUUCAGCUUACACCUGUACCGAGGAUGGCACUGAGAUCUAUGACAUAAACGGAUUUCGCAUCACCCAGGCAGCCGAUGGCCUGGUGAAGGUCACUCGUGUGGACAACAAGUGCUUGAUUCGCACCAGUCCCGGCAAUGGAUCGGCCACUUUGACCACACCUGGCAUCCAUUGCUAUGCCUCUCUGGGCAAGACCUCGCAUCUGUUUGUUCGUCGCAAUGAGAAGCGCAUGCACUUCGAUGGAUCCUGUUUCAUUGUACGCAACGCCAAACACUCCGCCGGCUUCAAUGAGAACAACCUGCUCAUUGUCUACUGGGCGGCGUUCGUAGUCCGGAGAUAGAAACGGUGCAGUGGUAGCCCAUCCCACACGCACACACUCACACAUGUCAACACAUUUCACCUGGAACACAUACAUAGACACCUACAGCAGCACACUUG